AUGCCUUUUACUCUAACGGUGCUUCGUUGCGCGCGGAUUUUCACCAAGGCGAGACUCUCGCCAAUAUUCAUUCCGAAUGGAUCUUCCCGUCCGCCUGUCGGAUGGCGUUCUGCGUACUACCCCGUUCAGGGUACGCAAGAAAAGGACCGAUCGCAGUUAUCAUGUGAACCGCAUCUAUCUUGUGCCCGAUUUAAACGACCGACCGAUCUGAGUUCUUCCCAGCAGCGGUUAGCCCGACGCUCAACGUGUCGCUCUCUCCCGUGCAUUAGUAGCGAGCUCCUUCGUCGCGGCGUUUGCGCGCUGUACAGGCUGUCGUUCGUUCGUUCCCAAGUCUCGCGUGCUGCCGGUUUUAUGCGAGAAGAAGCGCUGCAUCAUUACCGACUCCCGCCUCACACCUCGUUCGCGCGAGCUGAAACUACUGCCGCUGCCGCUGAUGGCUCGAUCAGUCCGCACCGGAUUCGCAUUGCUCGUCAGCACCUCGCUCCUCGUGACGUCUGCCUGGCUGCAGCAAGCCCAGUGUUCAAGUGGACGGACCUGGCAUGGCAUGACCUGUGGCUCAUGGAUGAUGAGCUGCAACUUCACUCGGGCAAAGCGUCUUCGACCCCUUGUUGUUGGCGGGCAGUACAUAUCCAAGGUGACAGCCAUAUGGGAGAUUUUUUCGCUCUAAUUCGCCUCGAGUGGCAUCCUGCAGUGUCGCUGCUACAAGCAGUAGCUUUACGAGAGAGACUGGAAAGACGGAACCGCGGGUUUAGGAGGCGGAUUGUGCGAGUUCAGGCGGAAGAUGGCUCCUCAACUGCUAUUGGCGGCUCGAAAGCAGAUAGCGAAGCUGCUGGUUCGGUGAAAUCCGAAAAUUCUGGUGUGGUUGGCAAGAACAGCGAUCCUGUGCAAGCACAACCAGCGAAAGAUAAAGCUAUCGAUGAGGAAAAGGAGAGGGAGAAGGAGCGGCGGAGACAGCAAGCGCUGCGGCAGGCGGCGCGGCGAGCGGGGACGCCGCCAAGCAGCGCAAGCGGCGCUGGCGGCGCCAGUGGCGGCGGCGGGGAGAGCGGGAAGGAGGGCGAGGGGGCGGUGAAGGGGGGACUGCUGAUGGGGCUGGCGGAGGCUAUCGAAGACGCGUUUGGCGCUACCAGCGAGGGGCGGGGUGGUGUUGACAAGCUGGAUAUCGCCAAGUCCCUGUGGAGUGGUAUGGGGGCUGGUGGAAAGGUGGAUAUCGCCAAGCUCCGCACCUGCUUCUCCUACACGGAUUUCUGGCCCACAGACUCCCGCCCCUACGGCUCAGGCGCACUGUUCACGGGCAACCUGCGCGCUGCUGACGUGGCGGACGCGCGGGAGAGGCUGGAGACAAAGCUGGGUGAUGCGGCUGGAUGCCCUGUGGCCGUGUUCUUCCUGAAAGACGAGAGGCGGGAGAAAGAGGUGUGCAUAGUGCAGCCAGUAUCCUCCAUCAACCGUCGUCUCGCCCUCACCACUCUCACCGGCCUCUCCCGCUGGCCGCUCAUGCUGCUCUCCCUACUGGGUUGCCUCGCCACCACUGCCACUGUCUCUGGCGUCAAUCUCGACCCCUAUAAAGUUGGCCUGGGGGAGUCAGCUCACCACGCCCUGCCCCUCACUCUUGGUCUCGCGGCCGUUGUGGGAGUUGGUGAGCUCCCCCCGCCCUACCUCCUCCUUCCCUUUCUCACAUGCACUCGUUACCUAUUAUACGGGGUAAGGCACUCCCCGCGCUACCCCUACCUCCUCCCUUUCUCUCACACACUCAUCACCUAUCAUUCCCUACCCUCCAUCCCACUACCCAAUUCACCCCUGAUCUUCCAACGACGUUACGGAGUAAAGCUCUCCCUGCCCUACCUCCUCCCCAACCCACCUUGCUUACGCACUCUCCAUCCUCCCUCCCUCCCCUGCAUUCUCCCACCACCCCCACACCAACAGAUCUUCCAACGAAUCAUGGCAGGACGAUACGGGGUGAAGCUCUCCCCGCCCUACCUCCUCCCUCGCAUUCUCACACACACUCGUUACCCAUUCCUCCCUUCACCACCCCAUCCCCAACACCAACAGAUCUUCCAACGGAUCAUGGCCGGGAGAUACGGGGUGAAGCUCUCCCCGACCUACCUCCUUCCUGGUCCUCUUGGCUGCCAGGGCACUGCCACUCGCUUCGAGUCCUUGCUGCCCUCCUCCCGGGCCCUGUUUGACAUAUGUGCAGCCAAGGCGGUCGGUUCAUUCAUGACGUCGUUUAUCGUGGCGUGUGUGGCGCUGGCAGCUGACGGGGGUGUUGAUGGCGGCAUCGACCCCAUAAUCGUCCUCUUUCCAAUAUCCAGCAUGCAGGGAUUUUCCCUCAAAAACAUCAUCGGCCCAUACUCUGACGACCUGGGCAACGUCAUGCCCAACGCUGUCGAGGGGCUGGGCGUGCCAGUGAAUCCCCUGGCGUUUGCAGGGCUGCUAGGGUUCGUGAUUACUGCACUCAACUUGUUGCCGGCUGGGCAGCUGGACGGGGGCCACAUGGUGCAGGUGGGUGCUGGUGUAUCCACGUGGAUGGAGGGUGUUGCUGGGCUGGGCAUGGCUGGGCGUGCCCGUCAACCCUCUGGCGUACCAGUGAAUCCUCUGGCGUUCGCUGGCCUGCUGGGUUUCGUGAUUACGGCACUCAACUUGUUGCCUGCUGGGCAACUAGAUGGCGGGCACAUGGUGCAGGUGGGUGGGGGCAGAGGGUGGGUGUGUGCAGAUGGGUACAGCCUCCCUGGGUACUGCUGCUUACACGGAUACAGCUCACAGGAAUCACGCCCAACACAGAGCAUCAUCGGGCCAUACUCCGACGACCUGGGCAACGUCAUGCCCAACGCUGUGGAGGGGCUGGGCGUGCCAGUGAACCUCCUCGCCUUCGCUGGCCUGCUGGGAUUCGUCAUUACCACACUCAACUUGUUGCCAUCCGGACAAUUGAAUGGGGCCCACAAGGUGCAGUGGGUAGGGGCAGAGGGUACAGCCUCCCUGGGCACUGCUGUCUUACAGGAAUCAUCAUCGGGCCACCCGUACUCCGACGACCUGGGCAACGUCAUGCCCAACGCAGUGGAAGGGCUGGGUGUGCCGGUCAACCCUCUGGCUUUUGCUGCGCUGCUGGGGUUUGUCAUUACAGCGCUGAACCUGCUCCCAGCUGGACAACUAGACGGGGGCCACAUGUUGCAGGUGCUAGGGGUGCCGGUAAACCCUCUCGCUUUCGCAGGCCUGCUGGGGUUUGUGAUCACGGCACUCAACUUGUUGCCGGCUGGACAACUGGACGGGGGGCAUAUGGUGCAGUCGAGGGUUGGGGCCAUAGGCUGGGACAGGAGCGACCUGGGCAACGUCAUGCCCAACGCAGUCGAGGGGCUGGGCGUGCCCGUCAACCCACUAGCUUUUGCAGGGCUGCUGGGGUUUGUCAUUACAGCGCUGAACCUGCUGCCUGCUGGGCAGCUGGACGGGGGGCACAUGGUGCAGUUAUCCUUCAUUCAGAACAUCAUCGGGCCAUACUCCGACGAACUGGGCAACGUCAUGCCCAACGUUGUCGAGGGGCUGGGUGUUCCCGUCAACCCUCUCGCCUUCGCAGGGCUGCUGGGGUUUGUGAUUACCGCGCUCAACCUGCUGCCUGCUGGACAACUAGAUGGGGGGCAUAUGGUGCAGCACUCAACCUGCUGCCGGAUGGACAACUGGACGGGGGGCACAUGGUGCAGGUGGGUGGGUGGCGCAGAGCCAACAGCCUCUAUAGCUGGCGGUGGGGUGCCAGUCAACCCUCUGGCAUUCGCAGGGCUGCUGGGGUUCAUCAUCACGGCGCUGAAUCUGUUUGCCGGCUGGGCAGUUGGACGGAGGACACAUGGUGCAGGUGGGUGGGUGGGUGAUGCAGAGCAGACAGCCUCUAUAGCUGGUGGUGGUACGUGCACAGGCAACGGCUAA